AAAAACGCAGCGCGAAAGGUUUUUAUCUCAUUUUACUUUUUCAUCAAGACACCUGAUUUUCAUCAAUUCACAAUUUUCUCAAAAAUCAACCCCAAUCAUAGGAAAUAAUCGGAUUGCGACAGGUUUUGAAGGAAAUACGCUUGAAUAUUUUUGGAUAAAAAUGGGCCGCAUAAGUAAGCGUAAGAUGGUUCAGCGAAUGAGAUUGUUGGCCAACUGUAAGCCAAAGACUAAGAAGGCCGUUGAAAUUGAUAUUGCACCACUUGACGCCACGUCUCCGUUAUCUACUAAAUUAUUUUCCGAUACUACCAACAACCCCUCUGGUCGAAGGGUCGAGUUGGUUGAUUCAAGAAUCGAAAUGCCUUACUCUAAGCUUAAGAAGAUCCAGCUGCAGAAAAUUGAGGCUUUGGCCAUGGUGAACCGAAAGAAAACGAGUCUUUUGAAAGUUUCAGCUGCGCCACUGCACUCUUGCAUUUUGUGUUGCACCCCUACUCGCAAAACUUAUGAAAUAGUUGAUGGCAAGAAAUUCAUAGCUGCGAAAGGCAUCCGAAUUCUAUUUCUGUUACACAAAUUACUACAAUUUCCACCCGACCGGUGUGCCGACUUGGAGACGAGAUACGGUCAUCCGACGGAGUGGGUUGUUCUGUGUGACACUUGCGACGCCAUGGUGGCUGAAGGGAAGGAUUUAUCCGAGAAGAUGGAUCAUAUUUGUGCCCAGAUUCGCCAACUUCAAGCUCAGAUUGACCAAUAUAACACAAGCUUUGAGACACAUCGCGAACAGUUUGACCAACUGGAAUUUACUGUGAAAAAUCAGAUCAUACAAGUUAAAGAGGAGGUGAGAGAGGAAGAGGAAGUAAACGGUCAGGGAGACCAAGGCAAGAUUAUUGACGGCAUUGCUAAAGAAGUGCGUGCUUAUAUGGCUCAAGGCGAGGGUGGGUUUGUAUUUGGUGAAACGGGUGGAGAAGAAACAGAAGUCGAUUUUGGUAUGAUUAAGGUCGAAGAGAGUGAAAAGAUGGAUAGUUACCCUAUUCUAGAUUUUGAAGAUGCUCUUCUCGGAGUGGAAAUUAGUCCCGAUGCGGGUAAUGAUUCUGAACAUGGCGACGAUCCGCUUAGAAUGGAAUCAGAUCUGGAUUAUCAGAGGGAUAAAGAUGAAGAUUGGGCAAUUCACAAGAAAAAAAGUACAAAGUCAAAAACACUUGGUGCCGAGAAAACGACUCCAUCAAAACACGUAGAAGCCACACCUCCACCCCCCACAGAACAAACUCAAUCUCACUCCCCACAACUCCACAUCCCUUCCUGGACCUGGCCCGACUUUGUCAAAUGGCGCACUGAUCUCCUUCGUAAUAUCGACGAGGCAAAAUCCUCCAACUUGGGAACAAAGGUCCCCACGCUGGCCUGGUUGGCAGAAAAGUACGCAAUUUCCAACUUCCCCUGCCCUAACUGUGUCAAAGUUUUCUUCACCUUUGAAGGCUGGUCGCAUCACGUUACACCCUGCGAAGAACGGAGUCGCCGACCCGGAUACAAAUGCUCCCACUGUCUUUUUAACUUCCGCUACUCGCAAUCAUUGGAGGAACACUUACGAAAACAACACGUCCCAAAGGAGCACUUAACGUGUACUGGAUGUAAUGAAACUUACGUCUGUUUGACGUCCUUUAAUCUCCACGUUUCCGAAGUGAAAGCCUGUCUCGAAAAAGCCCUCCCGUGCAAGACAUGCCUCCGGCAGGGUUCUAAUUAUUUCCCGACACGAGAAGCUCUAGAAGUCCAUGAAAAUGCGAGGCAUCUACCAGAUCAUUUACUGCCGUACGCAUGUGACCAAUGUUCCAAACGAUUUAGUAGCGAGCAGGUAAUGAAGGGACAUAUGGUCGCGCUUCACGGUCCUGAGGAAGAUCUCGUCGCUGUGUGUGAAAUCUGUGGCGCUAAAUUGAAAGGAGCGGUUAGGCUAAGGCAGCAUAUUGCGAAUGUGCAUAAAUGCAGAGAACCCGGAGAGAUUCAUUUGUGAUGUGUGCGGAAAAGGGUUAAUUUCGAACACUAAGUUAAAUAUACACAAACAAAUUCAUAUUCGACCUGAAGACGCGCAACAUUUGUGCUCCGAAUGCGGCAAGACGUUUCGACUGAGGGAGUAUUUGAAAAUUCAUAUGAGGUCGCAUGACCCCGAGAGGCGGGGACAGUAUAAGGGGAGGCCGAGAGGCUGUCCGGAGAGGAAGGGAGCGGCUGGGGCGAAAAUUGGGCGACCACCGGUGAAUGAGAAGAAGGGAGAUGAUGAACAAGAAUCAAGAGAUGAGGAAUUGGAUAAUGCAUAACAUAAAUAGACUAGUGUAGAAGCCCGUCAAUUGACGUGCAAAAUAGGCCCGUGGAUAAGCCCGUUACCCCAACAUUAGUGAAGUUAGCCUCUCCUGUUCUCUCUGCAGAGCGAAGAGAGAAAAGGCGAGGCUAACUUCUCAACUCAGCCACCGACCCAGCCAGCAGCGAUACACUCGCCUGCUUUAUAUAGUUUAGAUAUUUAUCUAUGAUAAGAAUGUAGGGAACAAUGACUUCCAUAAAUUUUUAAUUACUAUUAUUUAUGGAAAAUGAAUGUGUUUAUUUUGUAUGUUUUUUUAUAUUUCAUGUCACUUCACCAAAUUUGGAAUCACGAAUCCAUUUAUUUAUUGUUAAAAUAAAAACGGUUUUGUAUUCAAGAAAA